UGAUUUUCCUUCAGAAAUAGAAGACACAUCGAAUUGCUUAGACGUUUGUGGUUAAUCAAUCGGAUUAAACGGCUAAAAAUUGGGUAUUUUUUUGUUUGAUUAUUUUUUUUAUUUAGCUGUCAAUAGUUUAUGAAACUCGGAAAAUAUAUACGGUUUCAUUUUUACUAAGAAAUAACCCAUAACUCAGUUUGGUUCAAAUUGAUUAAUUAGUUAAUUCCUAAAGAGCUGCAUACAAUGGCUGAUGGAGAGUAUGACAAAGAACAAUUAAGAAUUCUUCGAAAUGCUUUUAAGGCUUUUGAUCACGACGGUGCAGGGUCGAUCGACCAUGCAGAUGUAUCUAGCAUUCUUGAAAUUCUAGGUCAGAAGCUGGAGCCGCCAGCAGUUAAGGCACUCAUUAAAGAAGUAGACAAGGGAACAUCUGGUAAAUUGGAUUUCGGACAAUUUUGCAAGCUGGCGGCUCGUUUCAUUGAAGUAGAGGAGGAUUUAGGUGCACUGCAGAAUGAAUUAAAAGAAGCAUUUCGUGUUUACGAUAAGGAAGGAAAAGGUUAUCUAACGGUUGCCACACUGCGUGGUAUUCUGCACGAAUUAGAUGAUAAGAUAUCCAAUCAAGACUUGGAUUUGAUAAUAGAAGAAAUCGAUGCUGAUGGCUCAGGCACGGUUGAUUUUGAUGCACAAAUGUUUCAGAAUUUAUGCAAGUUAUGACAGGUUAAACAUCAAUAAGGCUCUAACAUAAUGGAUGGCGGCAGGUGGACAUUACGGAAUAUAACAUGUAAAUACAUACAUGUUCAAAAAACUUCCUUGUAUCUUCCUGUACAGGACAUCGUGUUUGUAAUGCCAAAACAGAAUGUAAGAAAGAUAUAUAAAUUCAAAUAAACUUUGAAGCUAUUACUUUA